ACUAUGACUUGAGUUUUAAUGUGUAAACUACCAACUAUCAUGCAAUUUGAUUUUGUGAACAGGCUAAGAGAAAGCGGCGGCGGACACCAACUCCCGGAAGAUACCAAGGUGUGAGAAAUAAACGAGGCUCUGAUGGAAGACGAUCUCGUAGUUACUCACCCCGCAGACGGAAAGACAGUGAUUCAUAUCAUGGGGAUCGACGUGGAAGGCCACGAUCACCAUAUGAUCGGAGGGGUGAUGAUGACUCUGGUUCCCGUAGAAGGCAGCGGGGCCCGUCUACUUCCCCUGGAAGAAAAGACCACAGGAGAGGCCACUGAUUCCCCUCUGGCUUUCUUCCACUUCCUGGAUUCUAUGUUGGCUUAUUGUGUUUUCAAUUGUGUUUCUCUUUCUAAUGUUAAGAUGGCUCUUGGACGCGCCAGUCUUUCGGGGCACGCGUUUGGUUCGGCUAUGGCGAUUUGAGCUUCUGUAAGUUUGUUCAGCUUUUAGUAGUUGAAUUUGAGUGCUAUGUCAAAAAAGUAUUUUCUCUAAUUAGCAACAUUCGUAAUUUGUCACUACUUGAAUAGUGUUAAAACUUCAAAUGGUGCAUGUGACACAUUACGGUUAUGUUCAAAACCUCUGGUUAUCUGAAAAUUCGAGUUAGACACUUAUCC